AAAAUAAAUGCAAUCCCUUCAUGAAACAAACACUAAACCACCUCAAAAGGAGUUUUCUUAAUCAGGCUUCAGUUUCUUUCUCCUGAAAGCAAACCUCAUGGCACCUUGUACGACCUUGUCACUGCUGCUUCUCCUGGUUCUUAUCUCAGCAGCAGUAGCAGCUACAGAUAUGCCUUCAGAAACCCAUGAUCUUGAUAUAGCCAUUGAGGAAAUGGCAACAGCAAAUUAUUUCACAUUUAUCACCCUCAUCAACAUGUCCCCUCUUGAUCAUGCAAUUCUCGGGAAUGUUACUUUCUUGAUGCCCAAUGACAGAAUCCUGUCGAAAACCAGCAUUCCUCAGGAUUCUGUUUCUGAUUUUCUGCUUCGACAUUCAAUUCCCUCACCAUUGCUUUUUGAUCACCUUCAACAUAUCCCAUCAGGUUCUACCAUUCCAAGUUCUGAACCUGAAUACAUCCUUAACAUUGACAACAGGGGCAGGAGGAGUUUCUUUCUCAACAAUGUCAAAAUCAUUAGCCCAAAUAUAUGCACUGCAGGCUCUUCCAUCCGAUGCCAUGGCAUUGAUGGGGUGUUGUCUCCUAUCACCAAGAAUACAGUACCUACAGGCUGUUCUAACGCCACUAGGACUCCAGCGGUUGUGACCACACCACGAGCCCCAUCAUCACCAGCACCAAGAGCCCCUCCAGUGGGCGACCCUAAUCAGAUUCCUGUGGCUGCCCCAAAGCUUGUUGGUCCAAAAAAGUCAGGGUCUUGCAUGUCUCAUGAAAGGUCACUGAAAUUCAUUGUGACUUUUGUUAUUUCAAUAAUGGCAUUCAAUAUGUAGUUUUGUACUUGGGAACCUCAUCACUGCUAGAUUGAGUUACAGGUUUUGCAAAAUUGUACAAUGGCUGAAAUGGGGGAUAUUAUUUUCUUGAUCAAGUAGAUUAAAUUAUUUGAGUUUUGAGUUACCAAUACAUAUAUAUACUCCUAAAUUUGCAAUA